AUGCAGUGGAAAACCGAAACGACCGAUCACUUCCGGUUCCUUGACCUCCCACAAGAGAUCCAGGACAAGGUCUACGAGCACGUCUACGAAGAGAAGCGGUCAGUACAAGUAUCCAUGCAUACAUAUACGGUAACAAAUUGGUCACACUUUCGACCAUCUAAUCGCGCUGAGUUGGUGGUCCGUGGAUACCCGUAUGACGACGACAGUCUCGCACGAGUCAGCAAAAAGCUUAGGGCAGAUUCACGCACGGCACAUCAGCAAUCGUUCAACGGCGAGAUGAAGAUCUAUUGGGAUCACGAAUGGGCCUCGACACCGUUUAACCUGAUCUGUGGACCUCGCUGGGCACUACUACGGAACAGAGUCCUCAAACUCGUUAUCUGCAACCUGUCGGGCAGAAAUGUUAGGAAUGACUUUCCAGCCAUUUGGAGGUGGAUCCCAACAUACUUCCCUCGAGUCAUCAAAAUCAAAGUCCACUACGACGCAUGGCGACUAUGGACAGUCCCCACCCGGCUUAUCUUCCACGAAGCCUUCAUAGGACAAUUUCACUCGGGCGAGAUGGACCAGGACUUUGUGGACUCUUCCGAAGCCCUGGGGCUACACGUCCUGGCAAGCGCCAUGGAGGAAACUCCGCAUCUCUGCACCAUCUCCCUGACAACUGCACUUCAUUGGCAUAGUCCCGACCAACGCCACGAGCUCUCGUUAUAUACCAAGUUCUAUAUCACGACGCAGGGCGUGUCUGAACCUGUAAGUAGGUUGUGGUUGCCCCAUCCAUAA